CUCUGAAUUCCACCUGAUAGGCAUUGCAAGUGGAGAGAAUAUUGUUGCGCUCAGGAAUCGCUCACCGGCUUCUUGUAAUCAUCUGGUUGGCCAUUGCGAGAACAGGGUGCUCGUCUUGAUGGCCCUUUCUCCUGACUCAAGAUGAAAUGUUUCAAAUAUCCCUGCACCAAGAAAAGUAGCAGGUCAAGGGAAGGCACCCUUUCAGAUUGUGCAGAGAGAAAAGAGUUUCUCCCUCUCAUGUAACACUAGAAACUGAUGGACACCCAAUGAAGCUGUUGAAUGAUUCACAGUAGAUAAAAGUCCUAUAAAAGCAUAUAGCUGAACCGUGGAACUCACUCCCACAGGAGGCAGUAAUGGCCACCAACUUGGAUGGCUUCAAAAGAGGAUUAGAUAAAUUCAUGGAGCCGUUCGAUGGGGCACUCCCAGGGUCCCCGCUGAAAAUUCAUCUUCUGUCCGCCAUGCAUGCUUAAUUUGAGGUGUGUGUGCUUCUCGCAAACUUCCAAAGCGAUGCCUAGUUUCCUUGCGGCAGCCGAAAGGAAGCAGCGAGCUAGGCUUGUUUCGAUCGCCUCCACGGCUCUGGACUUUGCAGCCCUCCCCAGGUGUGUUUUCCCCUAACGCUCCCCGCCCCCCCCCCAGCCAUUGUCAUUCUGUUGGCAUCGAGGACCGUAUAAUUUUCCAUCCCCGGCGCGGCGCCUCUGGAAAUGAUCAACACCCACCAUUGUCUCCCAGAAAUCUCCCUCCCCGCUUUCCCUCUCCUCGCUCCUGGUCUCCAGUGCCCUGGCCUCCGCCUGCGGAUUGGAAAUCAAAGGUGUCAUUACAAUUUCAAAGGGUCUGCCUGAGCUGUGGUUUAAGCUGCUGCUGCUGCUCAGAGGAGAAGGAACAAAUGAUGAUCUGAAAAGCUCGGUUGCAACCCAGAAAGGCCAGUGAACCUGGUGUGCGUAAUACCAGCUGCCAUUCUGCAAAAGUGCUAGCAGAGGCUGGUGCAUUAGAUCAGACCAACCUCGGUCUGCCCUGAGCUGGACCCCACCUGCUGGUCUUCUUAGUUCCACUCAGCCCAGGGGGUAGCCCUGGCUGUGUGCUUCCUCCUGCUCCUUAAUCUCAGCAUUGCCACUUGUAGAACCCAGCAGGGAGGAAGAUGGGGACAAGCCUAGCAUUAGCUGGCUCUACCCACUGUUGGUCUCCCUGCCAUCUUUCCUCACCAGUAUACCUGAAGGAGCGUCUCCACCCCCAUUGUUCUGCCUGGACACUCAGGUCCAGCACUGAAGGCCUUCUGGGUGGUUCCCUCACUGCGAGAAGUGAAGUUACAGGGAACCAGGCAGAGGGCCUUCUCAGUAGUGGCACCGCCCUGUGGAAUGCCCUCCCACCAGAUGUCAAGGAAAUAAACAACUAUCUGACUUUCAGAAGACAUCUGAAGGCAGCCCUGUUUAGGGGAGUUUUUAAUGCUUGAUCUUUUACUGUGUUUUUAACACAGCCAGAUAGGCAGGGUAUAAAUAAUAAAUUAUUAUUAUUAUAAUAUUAUUAUCACCAGUCUCGGUGGGCACUGAGAGGGUCUCUUGCAGGGACCCUGUUAAGGCAGGACUUUGGAACACACUCCCAUGGCCCCAACUCAGGAAAAUGAGCUGGGUGCCUGCAGAUGGUCCAGGUUUUGCAUUACACAUACAAUCGCAUAACUGGAAAUUUGGGUUUGCACAAGUAAAGGGGAUUACAGCACCCUAGCUCAACAAUUUAUAAUUUAUUUCCUUGGUGUUGACAAUUUGGACAUUUGAGGACUUGCCCUAAGGCCACAUGGUCCAGGCAGUUCCAGAGACCUAGACGUUCUGGCCUUUCCUUGUUCCUCUAAUUUGUAGACCCAGAACUGUUACAUGAUAUCAUUAAGUGCAGGAUGGGGAGUGCUCUGGGUCCACACCCUGUCCUACAGAGAGCAUAUCAGAAUCAUUAUGGUAUCACCAUCCCACAAGCAAAUCACGUAUGACCUCCCCAUAAACCAAUAAGAAAGAAUGCUCCAUCAAUACCGUAGUCUAAUCUCUGCGUAAGCAAUGUGCAAGGGAACCAGGAUGAAUGCUCAAUAAACAGGUCAUCCGGAAGAAGCCUUCAAAUGCAAUAGACUUGCUACAUAUCGCAGUCAGAGGAAGGACUUAGGCUCUUUGGAAUAAGGCCAAAGGCUCCUCUAGUCCAGCAUCCUCUUCUCGUGGUGGUCAAGCAGGUGUCCCAGUGGAAAGUCUGUGAGUAGGACCUGACUUCAGCAGCACUCGCCCCACUUGCAGUUCCAGCAACUGGUAUUACUCAGAGACAAUUUGCCUCCGACAGUGAAGGUUCAACAUAGCCAUUGUGGCUAGUAGCCAUUGGAGCAGGGCCGUCUCAAGCCGGUCGGGCGCCCUGGUGCCGUGGCGUGGAGAUCGCUCCGGCGCCCCCGCCCUUGUGAGUGGACGCAGCGCGCAGCACGGCUUCCGCGCUGCUUCACCGUGCAGCGCCCCGGCACCCCGCGCCACCGAGACGACCCCUAGAGCCGGGCCUGCAUUGGAGAGUCUCCAUGAAUUUGACUAAGAACUCAUCCACACUUGCUUUUGCUCAGGUAACAGGUCUGGGCUUUCUUUUUCUUUCCUUUUUUUAAAAUAAAUUUUUAUUGGAUUUUUUUGGACAUAAAAUACAGUAAGAAUUAGGCUAAUCUACAAAACAGCAAUAAUAAUAAUAAUAAUAAUAAUAAUAAUAAUAAUAAUAAUAAUAAUAAUAAUGCCAGAGAAAAAAAGAGAAGAGAGGAAAAGAAAGAAAAUACCCAUAAGGCCAUUUACCAUAUUUAUAUCAUAUAUCCUGUCAUUUUUCCACAUGCGGAGAGGUAGAGACACCCCCCCCCCCAAUAUCUCCCACUUUCCAAGUCCAUAUCUGUAUGCUGGUGGUGUUGCUGUUUUUUUGCCCUGGUAAAAACUUGCCAUUUGCUCCAAUUCAGUAUUAAAGAGCAGGUUUUCAUGGGGGAGGCGGGGUCAGGGGAGGAAGCGCUGGGGCACUGUGCUUUAAAACAGUGGUCAGCAAGGUUUACCUUGCCUGGGACGGUUCACUCCAGCAGAGAUCCCUCUGUGGGCCCGCGAUUUUCAGCGUUCGCAUCUGCGCAGACGCGGUUUUCGCCACCUGUGCAGACAUGAUUUCCAGCGUCUGCACAUGCGCAGACACGAUUUCUGGUGCCGCGAAAGUGAGUCCCCUGUGCUGGUUUAGCGCAGUGCAUGGGAACUCGCUGAGCGGGCGGCUCAGUUCAGGGGUGGCUCGUGGGCCUGUUAAACGACCCCCAUGGGCCGCUUGUUGCCGACCCCUGCUUUAAAACAUGGGCCUGUUCUUAGAAAGCACAGAGCAAAAGGUAAGAGUGGGGGAACCCAACCCUCUUCUUAAACCAUCCCAGUUGGUGGUCAUUGCUACCUCCCAUGGGAACAAAUUCCAGAGUUUGACCAUGGAGACCUCACACCAAAGGAAUCUUGCUACGAGCAUGCGCACAAUCACAUCAAGUUGACUGUUGAGGUGGUGGCUUUUCAAUGCGCACUGCUGAUGUGAACGGGGUGGGACAUGAACUGGGCCCUUGUGCCACGGGGCAUGCACAGAGCUCCAUGCAAAACCCAGCAGGUUCCCAAUGCCCUUGGUGUUGCCAGGAUCUACGCACAGCUGCCCCGUGUGGUGAGCCUUUGAACUGCAGGUGGCAGCCUUCUCUGCGAAGAACCUUCAGGCCCCGGACUGACUCCGCCCACUCAGGUUUCCACAGCCAGUUCCAAACUCACUUGUUUUUCAUUAUGAGUGAUGGGGAAGGGCAGAGCUUCCCCAGGUAGGGCUGGGAAUGGUGCGCUGUCUGAAACACCUGGAGCGGCACUGCCAGUCAGAGUAGACAAUAAUGAUUUUGAUGGACCAAGGCCAUCGUUCUAUAGAUUUGUCCUGCUGUCGUUCUGCCUUCUGCUCCCAGCAUUCCAGAGUGCAAAGUUUCCUGCGGCAAUUUAUUGGGACGCCUUUGAACAAGCUUGACACACCACUGGCGCAUGGUAGUGAGGACUUUUCAUGAUGUCCAGCACCAGCCCUGUUCUGAUAGGGCCUACGUGGUUCCAUCUCUGUGGGCACCCCACCUUUCCCUUUACAGUAGUUCCAUCCCCUGGCCCAAUACUGACUGCCAUUUUGAUUUCCCACAAUGCCUCUGGCUCGCAUUGACCCAGGGCAUUGUGGGAGGCCGGGCAAAGGCCUACUGGGACUCAGAAGGGCCCCCUGUGCCCCUGCAAACCUGGAGCCCUCAAACACAUGCACCACACAGUCCCCGGGGCAGAAAUCAAGCCUGCUCACUAAUGCAGGAAAUCCUUCACAAUUCUAGCAACAGUUCCUAAGCAGCAGUUGCUAGGCGACUGGCCCUUGUUGAUAGUGCUGAGACCUGUCUCUGAAAAUAGUUUGCUGCCUAUAGAUGCUCAGAGUGCCAGGGCUGGGCCGUUUGAGACGCUGGUGUCGCCUGAGCGUGGAGCAAAAAACUUCCGUAUGGCUCGGCUGGAAUACAAACCCACCAAUGCUUUAUUAAAGCAUUUAGGGCGUGCCAAGUUAAGCCACUGUCCGGAGCAUAGAUGGGCGCGGGCCAUGGAGCUCCCCAGCAAGCGAUCAAUCUUCAGUCUUGGAAGUGAGCAAGGCGAGGAUGUGGGCGCUGAGGAAAGCAGGCCGCAGCCUCCGCUGAGGUCGGAAGAGAUGGCACUCAGACUGGAGCCCAUCGCGGAGACAGUCAGCAACUUUGAACCGAGCAUCAGUGAGCAAGCAGAGGUCUUGGGCUUCCAGGGUCCCUCCAGAAUGAAUUCAGGGGACCUUGAAACAAAUCCAGUUAAAGGAGACCCGGUUACAGAGACUGGCCAAGCCCAGAGACAGCCUCCGGAAAGGACCCCGCUGGAGGCUGGAGGCCCAAGGGCGGGAGGCAGCGAGGUUUUGCUGGAGGGGAGCCCGGCCCAGGAGGAAGGAGGGUGUGAGGAGGGUCCUGCUGAUGGCCAGGAAGCCGGCGCAGAGGCAAGGCCGCCCAGGCCCACUCAGCACUCCGUCAGAAACCCACUCCCAAUGUCCCACUCCAGCGCAAAGGUAAACUCCAAGGGGGCCUUAGUGGGCGGCACUGGCAAGCGGAGGAAGAAGCGCAGAGGACAAGGAGAUUCCAAGCGUGUCGCAAGUACAAGGGAAAAAUUCAUGAGCAUGUUUGAAAACGAAACUGAGAAAGACUGGCAGCCAGAGAAGCAAAGCAGCAAUUCCAACUUAGCCGAAGGGGAGCCGGCAAACGAAACCAAACCCAAAGGGCAGAAAGGCGUUCCCAAAGCAUCGCCCCGAAUAAAUCACCAAGAGGAGAAGAAGCCAGAGGAGCUCCUCAAUCUGGGGCCUUUUUAUUAUAUUGGAGGAGCAAACGGAAUUGAUAUACUGAACACCUUCUGCAAGAACAAAGGCUGGCAGCGCAUCCAUGACAACCGGAGGGAUGAUUACAUCCUGAAGUGGUGUGAGAUUAAGUGCCGGGACACCUAUUUCAACUUCAAAGAAGGAGAGCAGCUGCUUUACCAGAUCUCUAACAACAAGAUCCUCACUACGAAGAUCGGCCUUUUGAUGAACUUGAGGGAGUAUGAGCGGGUGAUGAAGAAGAUCAACAGGACCACAAAGGUUUUGAGAAUGGAGGAGUUUUUCCCCGAGACUUUCCGCCUGGAUACCAAGGACGAGAGAGAUAUAUUCUUUGAAAUAUAUGAAGAGCCUCAGAUCUGGAUCUGCAAGCCCACCAGCUCGAACCAAGGCCGAGGGAUCUUCCUCCUCAAAAACCAAUCUGAGGUCAACAACUUGCAAGCCAAGCUCCUCAGCAUCGAGGAAGAUCCUAUGUACAAGAAACUGCCUUACAAAAUUCCCCCGGCAAGGAUCGUUCAAAGGUAUAUUGAUAAGCCGCUGCUCUUAGAGGGGAAGAAGUUUGAUGUUCGCUCUUACCUCCUCAUCGCCUGCACAUGCCCCUACAUGCUGUUCUUUGGCCACGGCUACGUCCGCCUCACAUGCCUCAACUACGACCCGAAGUCGGAAGACCUCACUUCUCAUCUGACCAAUCAGUACGUUCAGAAGAAGAAUCCGAUGUACAGCCACGUCAAGGAGGAGACCGUGUGGCGCAUGGAGCGCUUCAACACCUACGUCAACGAGAGGUUCAGGCACAUCAAAGGGCUCCCCAAGGACUGGGUCUUCAAUGGGUUCACUAAGAGAAUGAAAGAGAUCAUGUUGCAAUGUUUCCUGGCGGUCAAGUCCAAGCUGGAGUGCAAGCUGGGAUACUUUGAUCUCAUUGGGUGCGACUUCUUGAUCGACGAAGACUUCAAGGUCUGGCUCCUGGAGAUGAACGCUAACCCUGCCUUGCACACCAACUGCAGUGCCUUGAAAAGCAUCAUUCCCACGGUGGUGAAUGAGACUCUGGAUCUGGCCAUCGAGAUUUUCACCAAGAGCCAGAAGAUCCAGAACAUAUUGCCCUUGGAAUCGCUCUGCCACUUUUCCCUGCUGUACAGCGGGGUGGGCACAGACAGCAACCAGUCACGGCCCACCAGGAGCAGGACGUCCCUCCGCUCUCUAAGGAACCACCGGUCCCUCACCGAGAACAGCAGCUUCUGCAACAGCACCUACAACGUGAGCCCCGUGCGCCCGGCAGAGAAGCAGCCAGCCAAAUCUCCGGAGAAGCCAGCCAAGGGCGAGGCGCCCGCCCACUCUGAAGGGGUCACCACCGUGCCCAGCAAGGGUGCCCCCAGGAACACUUUGCCCAUGCCCCAGAUCCAGAUCUCCAUCGUGCCCAACCUCGCCUGCUCCCCGUCCACCAAAACCGUUCGGGGCAACCAAGUCUGCAGCAGUGGCAACCAGUAUAUCAUCAAGCAUGUCCCACCGGUCUCGGACAGGCAGCCGGAGGCCGAGGCCGACGACGAGAGGGCCAGAGCCUCUGGCCUUGCUCUUGCUGCGGUACCCUCCAAGGACCGGUCCUACGCAGCUUGGUUCCAGCAAACGUUUGGGUCCAAGUUCCUGGGGGCCAGCGGCAACGGGGCAGACAGCCCCUUGACCAGCUCGCAGAUGGUCUCCCUCCAUCUCCAGUCCAGCCUCCCGCCAAAUCUCCCGGCCUCCCAGGAGCAAGCCAAGCCACUGCGCCAGCUCAUGAAUUACUCCAAGCUGCCCGGGGAGAGUGGCAAGGCCUUGGCAGAGGGCCAGAGCUGUGGCGAAUCCCUCCCUGAAGAGAAGAAGCUCUCUCACCGGGGCUCCUAAAAGCAAGAUCGCAUGUGUAUUUCCAAAGCCCUCCUUCUUUUUCCUAUAAAGGACGACGAGAAAAAAAAAACCCAAAGCAACCCCAGUCCUUGACUUCUUUCAGCAAUUCUAAAAAUGGAAUCUGUGGCAUCCCUUAUAGGAUGUCAAAAAUGAUCGGUGUUGGGCUUUGUUUUGUUUUUACGCAAAUUAUUCUUGAUAUGUUUUAAGGGAGAAGGAAAGGCUCAUAAUGAGUAAACCCGACACAAAUCCAGAGUGGAGUCCCUAAGACGGUUGCAGCCAAGCUGGUGCCAAAUAUAUUGCUCUGCUUUCCUUGGACCGCGCCGGCGAGGCUGGGAGGGAGGAUCUUGUUGUCUGGGCAGCCCAGGACCAAACUGCCCAGGUCUGCACCAAGGGGAGGUCACUUCGGUGCAGCUAAGGCAGAGGUUUGACUUCACCUCUGGAGGUGCACGCCAUUAUCUCUCGAGACAACAACAAGAAAAGAAAACAUGGUGUAAAAAACAUGCAUCUGCCCAUAGUCAAGACCCUGUGAUUUUGCUUGACUCCUCUGCCUUCCCUUUGAGAUUGCUAUUCAGGGGUGGGGCGGUCACUAGCAUGAUGGAAACUGACACCCUUGCUCUCUUUCCUUCUCUGUGUGAUGUGGAACAUGCCAUAACGCCCUGCUUGAUCAUUCAUUGAGCAGAGCACAGAAUCAUCGAAUUGUAGAGUUGGAAGGGACCUUGAGAGUCAUCUAGUCCAACCCGCUGAAAUGACGGAAUCCUUUGCGCAGCAUGGGGCUCAAACCCACAACCCUGAGAUUAAGAGUCUCAUGUUCUACUAACUGAACUAGCAGGUGAAUAAUAUUGUGGCAUGCCACCCCAAUCUCUGAACAAUGCCAGAUUCCAGGGCUACCAGGUGUCUGUGUUUCCUUUCGGACAGCGAGGCACAGCAGAGACUGUAGUGUCUUUAUGAUACAUCGUUUAUUGGCACAUAUAUACAACCUUGAGCCUAGGAUAGGUGGAAAGCUUGGCAUUCCAGGAGGGUCCUGCCUCUCCCAUGGCAGCCAACGUUGGAUUCAGACUGCCAGCCCACGUUGUGCUUGCAAACUGCUUCCUAAGACGCCAAUAUUUUUCCUCUUGCUUACAUCAGCCCCCGGCAAUUCAGAAACUCCCCCCUCCCAACUCUGCAUUGCCUUGCACUAACUAUCCAGAGUGAUAGCUACCAACCUAGAUGGCUUUAAAGAGCAUUAUACGAAAUCCAUAGAGAAGGCUAUCAUAUGGCUAUGCUUUGUCUCCAGAUGUAGAGUACAGUGUAGAACUUUUUCUUUGCAUGCAGGAAUUCCCAAAUCCCAGCUCCAGCAGCAAUAGCAUGG